UUACUCUCUCUCCCAUCUAUUAUAUAUAAACAACUCUCUUCCUUCCUCUUCUCCCUUCAAUUAUCUAUCACACCACUCUCUCUCUAUCUCUCCAAAUAUGGCUAAGAUGGGCUUGAAACCCGACCCGGCUACUACAAACCCGACCAACAAUAAUGCCAAGGAGAUUCGUUACAGAGGCGUUAGGAAGCGUCCUUGGGGCCGUUAUGCCGCCGAGAUCCGAGAUCCAGGCAAGAAAACCCGCGUCUGGCUUGGUACUUUCGAUACGGCUGAAGAGGCGGCGCGUGCUUAUGAUACGGCGGCGCGUGAUUUUCGUGGAGCUAAGGCUAAGACAAAUUUCCCGACUUUUCUCGAGCUGAGUGAUCAGAAGGUGCCUACCGGUUUCGCGCGUAGCCCUAGCCAGAGCAGCACGCUUGACUGUGCUUCUCCUCCGACGGUGGUUGUGCCAUCAGCGACGGCUGGGAAUGUUCCGCCGCAGCUCGAGCUUAGCCUCGGGGGAGGCGCGUGUUAUCAGAUCCCGAUGGCGCGUCCUGUCUACUUUUUGGACCUGAUGGGAAUCGGAAACGUUGGUCGUGGUCAGCCUCCUCCUGUGACAUCGGCGUUUAGAUCGUCGGUGGUGCAUGUUCCGACGAAGAUGACUUGUGGGGCCCAGAGCGACUCUGAUUCGUCUUCCGUCGUUGAUUUCGAAGGUGGAAUGGAGAAAAGAUCUCAGCCAUUCGAUCUAGAUCUAAACUUGCCUCCCCCGUCGGAACAAGCCUGAGCUUUUAACGGUGUCGUUUCAAUUCGAUGCGCGUGGGUUUUUUUUAUUUGAGCUGAGAGAAUUCGUUUUCUCAUAGUUUUUUGUUUUCUCUCUCUCAGCCUAAAAUUAUUAUCAGUGUUUAGAAAGAAAAAAAAAACAAAUUAAAUCUGAGGGAGAAAAAUAUAAUUUUAGCUAACAUGGAUCGUUAUGUACAUAUUAUUUACAUAACUGGUGAUCUGAACUUUUGUUGUGUGCUUUUUAGUUUUUUGCGACUUGGUUUCACCAUGUUGUUUCUCUAUUUUUACUUUUUUAUCUUUUGUUCUUCCAAAUUUUCAAUCAAUAAUUUGGUAAUCUUCAAUGUUGUG